AAUGUGCUGCGGAUUUGUAAUAGUUUGUUAUUCAUUGUGGCUCCUGCAGCGAUGGACUGGCAGCAGGCAGCGAGCCGAUCCCGGGUGAACUCUUCCACUCCAUCCUCUUCGUCAUCUCCAUCCACGUCAGACUCUUCCUUCACCUUCUCCUCGUCCUGCUGCAACUCCUCUCGCCCCGUCUUCUCCACCUCCCCGUUUUCAGUCCCAUCCUUUUCCGGCCUCGACCUGCUCUCGGACCUGAAGUUCGUCUUCAUCCCUCUGUACGCGGCCGUGGUUCUGGUCGCCUGCGCCGGCAACCUUCUCCUGCUCUUCUUCAUCUGGCGCAACAAGAAAAGACACACCACCACAAACUUCCUCAUCGGCAACCUGGCACUGGUCGACCUGGUCAUGUGCGUCUUCCGCGUCCCCUUGACCGCGUCCUACGCUUUUGACCGGCGCGGAUGGGUGUUCGGCGCCCACAUGUGCUGCGUCAUCUCCGUCAUGCAGUCCGCAUCCGCCUACGCCGGAUGCCUGUCCCUCAUGGCCAUCGCGGUGGAUCGUUACGUGGUCGUGGCUUAUCCCAUCCGCAAAAGAGCAGGGUGCCAGUUCUGCUGGGCUCUGGUGGUCCUGAUCUGGCUGUCCUCUCUGGCUUUAUCCACACCCACGGCGCUCCACACCGUCCACCUGGACCUGCGCUCUGCGGGGCUGCAGAUGGACGUCUGUGAGGAGUUCUGGGACGGCCAGGAGCGAGGAAGACUCAUCUACUCCUGCUUCAUUCUCCUCUUCUCCUACUUUGUCCCACUGGCUGCUGUCUCUAUUUCCUACUGCGCGAUAUCCUACCACCUGAAGCAGAGGACCACGUCGGGCUUGAUGGCGUGUCAGGAGUUGAGAUCUGCGAGGGCGACAUGGAGCAGACGGAGGAGGAAGACCUUCUGCCUGCUGCUGGUGUCCGUCCUCUGCUUCGCCUUCUCAUGGCUUCCCUUACAGGUGGUGAAUCUGAUCCGGGACCUGGACACAGACUUCUCCAUUUUAGGGAAGAAUUAUGUGAACGUCAUCCAGGUGUCCACUCACCUGCUCGCCAUGAGCUCCGCCUGCUACAACCCUUUUAUUUAUGCCUCACUGCACAAGAAGUUCCUCUCCGAUCUGUGCAGCCACUUCAUGUUCCGGAGGAGAAAACUGGGAAAGGACAGGGGUCAGAGGUCAAGCAUCCGUACGAUGUCACACAGAAUGCAGCGCCUCCACGCCUCCAUCACCGCAGCAGAUUUAGCAGGCGCUGUUGUGAAUAACGUCAUUUCUCAAGAUAUUUAUGCGUAAUAUUUGUUUUGCUUUGAAUACGCACAGGAAUUUUAUCUGCUGGCUUUUUUCCAAAAGGCCCACGGUUAAAACAACAACUCUACAGUAUCGUCUUCACUUCAUUAUUAAUCUGAAUGGACUGAUCUGAUGGUCAGUGUUCAAAGCCACAUUAAUUUAAAGCUUACUGAAAUAAAGAAACGGACAAAGUGGAGUUGCAAGGUUUACACAUCAAACACUUCACGGCCCGAAAUGAAAAAAAGGCUCAGCGGUCUCUUUCACUGAAUCUCUACAGGUGUAAAAAACACAAAUCCACUUUGAUUUAAAGGAUAUACGUGUGUAAAGAUUUAUAAUUUAAACAAAUGUGUGGAGGUUUAUGUAUCGAAAGUUUAUUUUGCACGGAAAAAUAUUCUACUGGGAUUAAAUAUACUUUAAACAGUGGUUUUGCUCUCAUCUAUUAAAAACUACACAAUAAAUGUGUAGUCUUUCCAUCUAAUAGUUUAUAUUCUUGAGCAUGUCUAAUUCUCUAUACGUUUAUGUAUAAUAUUAUAAUUCUGGUCAACUUUAACUGAUAGUGUAUUUGGAUAAUUGUAUUGGUGUCUAACAUGUGCUUUCUCUUCGAUUUUGUUGAAUUUGAGUCAAUAAACACGUUAAUCUAAAUCCCUAUUCCCUCCCCAUUCAUUGUGUGAUGAAACGGGAACAUGAAAGCUUUCUGAGAUAAUGAAUGUUGUGUUUCUGUCGACGGCUUUGGCCCUGAGACGCUGAAGGCUUCCCACACUCCGCUGUGACAUUUGGAGAACACAAUGCUGUUUGCAAAAUCUGCAGCGUGAUUAAAUGUCAACUUUGAGAUGGUUAGAGAAUAACAACCCGUCAUCUAUGUUGUUCAUUGGGAUAUGUUAAACUAUAAAGAGAGUAAAAAGAGGAAAUAUUUCAUAAAUAGGGAAAUUAAAAUGAUAAUCUAUUCAAUUUCUUUCUGCGAAUAAAAACAAUAAAAAAACAUUUGUUUACAAAAUAUGCAGGAUUAAACAUUCCGGCUGUAGCUGUAGCUCAGUGGGGUAAGGGGGGGUCGUCCUGCAACCCCAAGGUUGUCGGUUCGAUCCCCGCUCUACCCUUUAGUUGCAAGUCGAAGUGUCCUUGAGCAAGGCACUGAACCCUCAGGUGCUUCCCGGGCGCAUCACUGCAGCCCACUGCUCCUUAAUAACUAAGGAUGGGUUGAAUGCAGUGAACACAUUUCGUUGCAUGUGUACCUGUACUCUGUGCAAUGACAAUAGAUUGAAUGCAAUUCCCCAAACUGCACCUUGUGUCACUCAUGUUACUGACAGAGUGUUUGAGCACCAACAGCUCCGAGCAGCUCUGGAAGACGCUGAACUUUGACCUGAAAACAUGCGCACAAGCAAAACCAGUUUCUCAGCAUCUCCUGACCUGCCACCUCAGCAGUGAGUCCUGAAUCCUGAUCUGUACCAAACGAUUGGGCGGCACCUGAGCUAAAGUUUUGGCGUAUAGCAAAGGCUCUGAAUACUUAAAGUUUUUUAAUCCAGUUUUCGCUUUCUCAUGAUGGGACUGUAGAGGCCAUUCGUCCUUAGAAAUCAAAUCAAAUUGCCUCUGACGUACCGUGGGUUUCGGAGUUGACGCAGGCAAAAAGAAAUUAAUGUCCAUUUCGGUAUGUUGAUUCUGAUCAUUUAUUUUCCAAAUAAACAAAAAGAACAAACAAAACGCUGACACUCUUUGCUGAUGCUGGUAAAAAAAAAACAUUGGCCACCCUGGUGCAUGCUGGUCCUGUGCCUACACACCUCUACGUAUAACAACAUGUGCCCAGUGUUACCCAAUCAGUGAAUCCUAAAAUUAAAUAUAUUUAAAACAACAAUCACAAUGAACUAAACUAAAACUAUCAUAAGAAAAAAGCUCUUCUGACAAAUCAAAAUAUAACCUAAAUCAGCAAUGAAUAAUCAAUAUUGCUUUACAAUAACACAAAAUACAAAUGUCAAAAUAAAUAGCUCCAACAGGGACAUUGAGGGUAAAUUUGUUACAGAAAAAAGUUAUUUAAACAACUUAUUAAAAUGAAAAUACAAAGAGGCUUAACAAAGUCUCGAUAUGCAAACGUCAGUGGCGUCGAUGAAGGGAAGAGGAGGUGGUUGGUUGCUUCGGGUGUAAAUCCGGGAGAGACGAUGGCGCUCGGUAUCCUGGGUCUGACCUCUGAACUCUAUGCAUUUGUAAUGUUCAGAAGAACUGAGAGCUGUGAAACAUCCCAAAACAAUGUCAACAGAAAAGGUAAUGGUGUUGUCGCGACGUUGACUCUCGCUGGUGGUACAAAUAAAAAAGCAACAAGCAAGAUAAUUGUGUAAUAACCACGCAGGACAUUCUGACCUGAAGAAAAACAAUUGUCAGGCUUUCAUUUGAAAUGCUUUGUUUCUCUCUAGACUCAAGAGGCACUAUAGAUGCACUGUAGGCAGAAGUUUCUAGAAGAAAGAAAACGUUAAUGAGGAGGAUGGAGCAUUAACAUCUGGGAAACACAUCUCAUCUCACAAAUCUUUGCUGGGCCUAAGGAUCAUGAUAUGCAUAAUAUAGAACAAUAUAGCUCUUCAAUACUAAAAGAGAAUUUAAAGGAAAAUUUCCUUUUCUCAAAACCAUUUCCAAUAUGUGAAUUUAGAUAUUUAACAAACAGUGUUUAGUGCAGAAUAUAUAUAUAUGUAUAUAAAAAAGAUAUAUAUAUAUAUAAAUAUAUGUAUAUAUAAAAAAAUAAAAA